GACUGGCGUCCCCACGUGGCAAUUGCUUUGAAGCUCUCGAUCGCAACAUGUCUUGGCGGCGCUUCGACCUCAACGUCAAGGGCGUGGAGGGCAUCCAGGAGCGCACCAUCGGCGGAGGUGUCGUGACGCUCGUGAGCUGCAUAGUGGUGGCUUUCUUGCUGCUGUCCGAGUUCUCAGUCUGGUGGACUGUGAGCGUAACGCACCGCAUGCAUGUGGACACAGACCCACAAGACUUCCCUAUUAACAUUGAAGUGGACGUUUCCUUCCUCCACGAGGCAUGCAAAGGUGAUUUAAUGACGUCUACAGCGUUGGAAUGAGUGAAUACUGAGAAGUAAUUGCUAAUUGACAGAGGUGGCGAUGGACGUAAGCGACUCCAAAGGCCACAAGGAGAUUAUGCUCAAGAAGGAUAUCCAGGAGGAGCCUUUUGGAGAAAAUGGUUGCAGACUUCAUGGCACAGUGCAGGUGCAGAAGGUGGCGGGCGACUUGUCCUUCGCUCAUGAGGGCUCGCUCACCGUCUUCUCGUUCUUCGACUUCCUCAACUUCAACUCUUCCCACGUAGUCAACCAUCUGCGCUUCGGUCCGCAGAUCCCAGACAUGGAGACGCCCCUGAUCGACGUCAGCAAGAUCAUUACUAAAAACCUGGCCACGUACAAGUAUUUUGUGAGUAUCGUGCCUAGUCGCUACGUGUAUCUGAACGGCAGAUCGGUCACAACGUUCCAGUACUCGGUGACGGAGCACGAGACGAGUUCAAGAGGUCCGAAUGGCCAGGUGUCAUUCCCUGGUGUGAUUUUUUCCUACGAGUUUUCUCCCAUUGCUGUGGAAUACAUUGAAUCCAAGCCGUCUGUACUACACUUCCUCACCAGUACCAGUGCCAUCGUGGGUGGCGUCUUCGCUGUCGCUCGUAUGAUCGACGGUGCAAUCUACAGCGUCUCCAAAAAAGUCGAUUAGAUUUUGCAAAUACACGGCAACAAGUACACUGAAUGACUGAAUAUGUCGCCACUGCUUUUUCGACGAAAACACGAGUUUGCGGUUUUGUUUCCUGUUAGGACAUCGACACCUAUUGUACAUUGUGCUGCUCAUUAUUCCCGGUCUUACACGAUCUCUUGGACAUU